UGUUGGGACCUGGGGGGGUUUCACGUGAAAUCCUGCCUGGCGGGUGGGACGUGAAGGGACGCGACAGCACCCCACGGCCACCCUCCCCGUGCGCCUGCUGUCCAGCUCCGUCCCGUCCCGUCUCGUGCUGCCUGCGGUCAAACUCCAGCUCCUGACUCCAAACUCCACCCUGCCCCACCGCCUGCAGCGCAUCCAGAAACACGCGUUUUGGGGGGCAGAAUGGCCUGAGCAGACAUAGUUCUUGUGGCUUGGUUUUCCUUCCCCUGAACCCUUUGUGUGGCCUGUAGGGAGUCACCUUCCCUUCAAAGCCUCAUUAAUUAUUUACUAAUCACUCUGAGGGUCUAAGCAGCAGCGCUGGCUCAGGACACCAGUGUGUGAUGGUGCUGAGCCCACUCUGGGAAGCGGCCUGGGACUGGGCUGCUACGCCCGGGCUGACUUUUGUCCAAGGCAGUGGUCUUUUCCCUGGAUGACAGAGGCUUUGGCCUGAUCAGAUGAGACCAAGAACGAGCUCAGCUCAUCUUAACUCUUAAUGGUGUCUAGUCCAGCUGGAUCGGCGUUUUUACCAUCCUCAGUGGGAGGAAACGGGAAAGAUGACGACAGAACGGGGUUAUUGGAAUAACCUGACGACCCUGCAGAAAGUCGCUCUGGUCCUCGGGAUCCCGGCCAGCGCAACUGUCCUUUACAUCUUGUACCGCAGGUACCGGGAGAACCGAGAAGAGCGGCUGACCUUCUUGGGCGAGGAGGACCUGGAAAUUGAGAUGAAAGUUCCCCGGGCGGCUGUGAAAUCUAUUAUCGGACGGAAGGGAGCCACCAUCAAACAGCUGAGGAGGGAGACAGGGGCUCACAUCGACAUGGAGGCUGAGGACAGCAGCGAGGAGCAGGUGCUGGUGAUCUCGGGCUCCCCCGACCAAGUGUGCAAGGCGAAAGCUGCCAUCCACCAGAUUGUGGCAGAGAACGCACCGGUGCUGGAGCAGUUCCACGUGCCCCAAAGAGCCAUCGGCAGGAUUAUCGGCCGGGGCGGUGAGACGGUGCGGGCAAUCUGCCGCAGCUCAGGGGCCAAGGUGAUCUGUGAGCGCGAGGCCGAUGCCAGCCUAGCUCUGACCCGACUCAUCCAGCUCUCGGGGACCCGGAAGGAGGUGGCCGCUGCCAAGAAACUCAUCAUGGAGAAACUGAUGGAAGAUGACACGUUUCGGAGGGAGCUGGCCCAGUCGACAGCGAUGCGGUGCCAGCGCAAGCAGCCCCUGGGCACAAGGAGGGAGCAGGUGGCAGAGCCCGAGGCAGUGCCACUCCCCAAUGGGGCUCUCACCCACCGGCCAGCUGCUCCUGAGCAUGGAGAAGGGGACGGAGGCUUAUUCUGGGAUGGAGGCUCGCUCCUGGAUGAGGCUGCUUUUGAGGACGGCCGGGAGAUGAGGGCUGAGCGCGAGUCCCUGGAAGAGCUGGCUGUGAGGCCCGAUACGGCCGUGCCGAAAUUUGAGGUUCCCAGCCCUGAUUUCAGCUUCCACGCAGACGAGCACCUGGAGGUUUAUGUCUCAGCUGCGGAAAACCCCAACCACUUUUGGAUCCAGAUCAUUGGCAACCGCAGCCUGCAGCUGGAUAAGCUGACCUGCGAGAUGUCGCAGUACUACGCGAGCAGCGGCCGCACGGCAGAGCUCUCGACUGUCCAAGCAGGGGCGGCCCCCUACCCGGAUAGCAGUGCCUGGUACCGGGCCCGUGUUCUCGGCCCUCUGGAGAACGGCAACUUUGAUCUUUACUACGUGGAUUUUGGGGAUAAUGGGGAGGCCCCCCAAGAGGCGCUGCGAGCUCUGCGGAGUGACUUCCUGAGCCUGCCUUUCCAGGCCAUCGAGUGCAGUCUGGCUGGGAUCAUGCCUGCUGGGGACGAGUGGGAAGAGGCAGCCCUGGAUGAGUUUGACCGGCUCACCUACUGCGCCAACUGGAAGCCUCUGGUGGCAAAAAUUUCCAGCUACAUCCAGGCUGGGCUCUGCACCUGGCCGCACGUCACCCUGUACGACGUCCACCACGGGAAGAACCUCGACAUUGGGGCAGAGCUGGUGCGGCUGGGCUAUGCUGCCUGGCGUCCCCAGGAAGAUGAGGAAGGGGCAGCAGGGGAUGGACCUCCGCGGCUGGUGAAGGAUGCCACGGCAGAGAUGCUGGAGAACAUCACGGGCGACUCCCUCGAGAGCCUCUUGUCAGAGCCCCGGAAAAGUCCUAAUGAGACUUCCCUGACCCUGUCCUGUGUCAGUCUUUCAGAAGGUGCCUCUGUGUCCGGCAGCGGUGACGAAGUCGUGGUGGCGGAGAACAGCUCCCUGUGAUGCCCUUGUGAGCAGGAGGCAGCUGGGCCAGGUUCAGGAGGCCGGAGCGGGGAUGGAAAUGAGACAAUUCUGGCGGAGGGACAGAAAUGGACGUGCAGGGGAACAACACACAGGCGAGCACGGCUUUCCAGCGACGCUGCUCUGGUCAUUCAUGCCCUGGGCCGUUCCCUCGUGCCGUGCACCCCUGGCUCCCUCAGAGCUCUCCUGCACCUCUAAUGCAGGAUUGAUCCCUCCUCUUCUGCUCUGCCCCUGUUCACUCCUGCCCAGCCGAGCCUUCUGCCCUGCUGGGCUGAGACGCACGCGCCUUGCACUGACACUGCCUCUUGCCUGCCUUUCGGCUCCGUUCUCGGGAUGAGGUCCGUUCACCAAAGAAACAGCCAUUCUGCCCUUCCUUGAGAGCCAGCCCAUGAGGUACUGGCUUUACCCCUUGCCUCGGGAGGAGGCUACGAAAAGCUUUUGGGGACCUAAUCCUGGCCCCCAGUUUGAUCACACCCCUGUGGUGCCCCUGUGGUGAGUGAGCUCUCCCCUGCUUCGCCCCGAUCCCGUGGAGGAUGAGGGGGAGCGGGACACCUUGGCCUUGCUCUUGACACUACUUGGAAGAAACGGGCAAAGCCUUUUCUGCCCGACAAGGGUCUCUGCUUCGGUCUGUUCCUGGUCAGAUGGAUUUUGGAAACGAAACUGGCUGCAGCUCUAUAAAAUCCAAGAGAUCUUCCUAUAAUAGAAAUUUCUGAACUGAUUCCCCUGAAAUAAGCUCAAGGUAGGCAGUUCUUUCAAACUUUGAUUCCAAAUUUGACUUUAAAAUGGUUUUCCAAGCAUCAUUUGUAUCUUAACCGCUGCGUUGGCCUGUCUUUCCCCUACCCCAAAGGGGACAAUGCAAUCCUAGCCAUUUCUGAAAAAUCCCUCACUAGAGAAAAGUGAAGUCUCCAUCUCGGCACUAAAGAUGAACUAGGGCUUCUUUUUGCCCAUUCCUUGCAGGAAAUCAUGUGGGUAAAAUGAAAGCAUGUGCCCAAGGCAGAGGGAUUUGUAGUGUCGAGCCGGGGUGGAUUUGAAGGACUGUAAAGCACUGCAUUUAAGAUGAGUUUCUUCUGUUUUGUGUUUGGUUUACAAGUUUGCGGUCACUGGUGUGACUUUGUUUCAUGCUGUUGGCUCUGUUCAGUUGUGUUUUUAUUGUUUUCGCCCCAGCCUGGUUGUUUUUAUGGUGAGGGGAAAGAGCCUGUUUUUGUUUCCUGAUUCAAUAAAGUUGAGCGUUUUAGAGCUAA